CACCUCCUCUGGCAUAUACGCCGCCCCGCCCACCUAUUCUCAAAAUACUCCCCCGCCUUCGACCACUGGAGGAGGACUGCUGCCACAGCGCGACCAGAACAACGUCAAUACCUACGCCCACGAAGCGCUUGUGCGUCCGGAUCUGCACUUGCAUCACCGCGGGUUGAGCCUGAGCUCGGCUUUCGAGAAGGCUUGCACCGUUCACCACGUCGCGCUGGACGACCUCUCCCAAACCAUGUCCUCCUCCAGUCAGGCGCCGGAGAGCUGGAUCUCCGCCUUUUGCUCGCUGGUCGGCCACGAGUAUUUCGCAGAGGUUUCCGAGGACUUCAUCGAAGAUGACUUCAAUCUCACCGGGCUACAGAGUCAAGUACCCAUGUACAAGGAGGCGCUGGAAAUGAUCCUCGAUGUCGAACCCGAAGACGCCAGCGAGGAGGAAGAAGAGGAAGAAGAGGACGAGGACGACGAUGAAGACGAGAUGCACGACGGCGAGCUGGGAAUAGGACGUGGAGGCUACCGGAGAGCAGCAGAUGCGGCAGCUGCAGCAGCCGAAAGACGGCAUCUGCGCAUGGCCAGCGAUUUGAGUGUGAUCGAGAGCUCGGCGGAGAUGCUUUACGGACUCAUACAUCAGCGUUUCAUCACGAGUCGACAAGGCAUCCAGCAGAUGGCGGAAAAAUAUGAGCUUGGUCACUUUGGACACUGCCCUCGAGUAUUCUGCCAGGGCGCAAAAGUACUACCCGUGGGAUGCUCCGAUAUACCAGGACAAGAGACCGUGAAGCUGUUUUGCCCGAGCUGUCUGGACGUCUACACGCCGCCAAAUAGCCGCUUUCAGACCGUGGAUGGAGCAUUCUUUGGUACGACAUUCGGCUGCCUAUUCUUCAUGACAUUCCCGGAACUCGACGUCGGUGGCACAAGGCCGCCGCCAAUCGAUGCGUCUUCGCCUCAGAUGCCUGCGCCUCCCGUAGAGGCGGCACUGCCGAAACAACCUGAAAGCAUCAACGGCAUUGCUCCCAAGAACCUCGCACCAGGGCUAGGACCGGGCAGUAUAUAUGAACCGAGGAUCUAUGGCUUCCGCGUCAGUGAAAUUGCAAAGACUGGUCCGCGAAUGAAAUGGUUACGAAGUCGACCACAAGAUGUGAACGAGCUUGAUGAAUGUAGGGUAUGGGCGGAAAACCAAGAAGCAAUGAUGUCAACGACAGGAGGUGAUGCUGGAGGAGAUGGAGAUGCCAUGCCUGCUUUUGCAGACAGUGAAAUGGCGGACGAUAACGAGGAAAUAGACCAGGGUGAACAAGAAGAUCAAGAUAUGGACGCCAGAAAUGGUGACGAGCAUGGACUGGAGUCAAGGGAUGUUGCGGCACAGAGAAGGAAAGCUGUCAACAGGAGGAAAGGCAAACACGAGGAUUCUGGCGCUGGGCUUGUUAACGGCGAGUCGAGCAGAAGUGCUGUUAGAGUGGGUUGACGCCAGCCACCACCCAUGUCAUUCUUCGGGAAG